ACUCUCUGAACAACGCUGGUACGAGGCGCUCGCGAACCGCGUUGCUAAUAUUAGCUGAAAGCAUUACCCCGCGCCGCGCUGGUAUUUUCCGCUAGGGCGGGCGGCGCGCGCACCUCCCGGGACCCUCAAACUAAUGUCCGCCAUGCUAGCGGCACCACGUCCAAAGGAUAUGUAAAAAUUACCAGAGCUUUAUAGUGGCAGUGAAGUGAACAUAGUGAAAACGGAACUGUGUAACUGAAAUGUGAAGUGCAAGUCGAAACAAACACAAGGCAGUAUCCAAACUUAUACACAAUGACGGUGGUGACGAAUCCCGCACGAACCAACUCCGAAGAGGAGAUCGAAUCCGGUCGAAACAGCGAGUUGGGCGGCGGUGGCGCUGUUGAAUACCAUGGGCUCGAGCUCGACGAGAAUGCUCGCCUCUACGAUGAUGAGAAGCAGAGCGAUAUUGUAUUUGUUGCCGGUAUUAACGGCGAUACCUGGCGCUACCCCGGCCAUCGACGAGUGCUCGCCGCCACUAGUCCUGUUUUCGCCGCACUUCUUUCUGCCAAGACUGAUGUAAUAGUCGUCGACUAUGUUGAUCGUCGAGGCUUCGAACAACUCCUUCGUUAUCAUUACUGUGAGCCCACGCAGCUGAAUUCAGUAGCUACGGCACGGUGUGCUCUCGAUGCUGCGUACAAAUUCCUGUGCGCACCACUGGCAGAGCGAUGUGCUCGGCGUCUCGAUGAGAUGUUGGAUGCAGGCGUCGCUUUAGAGAUUUUACGUGAUUUGCGUUUUUUGUGUGCAAGACUUCCUGGCGCUGCAUCGGCACCACCUCUUCCGGCUCUUUCUGACGAUGCUGCUGCACGGUCCUUAGCGCAAUGUUCCCGGUGGUGUGACUCUCUAGCUCAUAAUGCUUUACUUGUAUUAGACGAAAAUGCUGAUGCCGCCUUGACCGAUGAAAGACUCGAGGAGCUCACUUACGAGGAUCUUGCGCUCAUAGUAAAACGCGACACUCUUCGAGUAUCCAAUGAACUCGUGUUAGCAGAAGCACUAUCCAGAUGGGCAACGGCUGCCUGCAAGCGCACUAAAAGGGAAUUGACGUCUGCUAAUAAAAGGGCAGCCUUAGGAGAGUUGGCUUACUGUCCAAGAUACUUGUUACUCUCUGGAGAAGAGUUGGAUCGUGCUUUAGGUUUGGAAUUGUUAGAGCCUAUGGAACGCGCUUUAGUCGUGGCGAGGGCAAGAAAAUUAUCAGCACCGGUGCCGGUGGGUGCAGAGCAAGAGGGCCUGCUGCGUCGCUGGGCGCGACCGCGGCCUACUGAGCCGGCUGCGCUGCCGGUACACUUGAGUUCACGGUCAGAACCUGCUCCUGAAGACACGCAGCCAAGCAAAUUGUGCGCGCGGCGGCCCAAACGACCGAAACAACCUAGCUUUAAUCCUGAUGACAAGAACAAGAAACAAGGUUGUUGCGCUUGUUUCUGGGACGGUCUGUUGCGAGCUUUCAUUUGUUUAUUCGACUGAGAUAGGGCACCCACGUCUUAUGUGUAAAUAACACAUGAGAUGGUACUUCCUUUUAUCUGUGAAUAGAAAAUCAUGUUGAUUUUGCAGCAGAAAAAAACGACUAAAGCAGAACAACCAUGCCGAACAAAAAUAAAUUGAUUAUUGAAUAGCCAACAGGAAAAGAAACGGUUGCUAUUUGAUAUAAUAUUUUCUUCAUAGUGUUUUGUAACAAAUAAUAUAAAACUAUUCUUAUGAUCAAUGAAGAUGGUAUUAGGUGAGAAAUUUAGGGAAAGUUAUAGCAAAAAAAUAAAGCUAUUGGAAAAAUGAUUUCUAUUGUAUUUUUUACGAAUUGAUAAAAGGUAGAAUGAUAUACUGUACUCAUUCGAUAACUUGAAAUAUAUGUUUACUUACUUCUUAUACUUUUAUUUUAUUUUUGUUAAUUAGCUUAGUAGCAAAAAUUUAUAAUUAUGUCUCAUAUUUGAAGAGCUUGAAGUUGUUUCUUUUAAAGUUAUUGGCUAAAAGUUGAUUGAUUGAAUCUGUUGUUCGGAGUUAAUAGCUGAAAUAUUAUCGAGGUGCAGCUCAGCUGCUGCUUUAUAGUUAAAUUACUUAGGUACAUGUAAUUUGUGUAGUAGACACUUUUAUGUAUCUUAAAUGUUGUGAUAUCUAUGUUUAAUUGAUCUGAAUUUUAUUACUUUAUAUUCUAAUACGUUUUCUUAGAUAAUCACAUAUCAAAUUGUUCGACAAUUUGUAUUUAGAAAUAAUUUCUUUAAAACGAAUUGAAAAAUAUUGGUGCACAAAUAUUGUUUACCUAUAUAGUUUUAUUUUUAGGGUAUAUUCGUUGCAUUUACUGUUUUUUACAUUAACCGUAAGUGAAACUAAUUGUUAUUUUUAAUUAUAAUUAUACAAUUUAGUUAAUACUUCCAUUAUUACCCUCCCUAGUCGUAUUAUAAGUACAUAUUUAUUGCAUCUACAAAUUGAUUUUCUAAAAACAUAAUUAGUUUUAGGGUUUUUUGAAUGACCCUUUUAUCAUUGAUUUUGACUUUUUUCAUUCCAAUCUCAAGAGUGUUAAGUAUACCUUGGACUUCAUCACUGUCAUUUACAUAUUUUUGAACUGUGCCAUAUACUUGAAUAGGUAUAUACCUAAAAUAAGUGUCGUCUGUUUUUACAGUAAAUAAUUAAUAGCUUUUAAGUAAUAAUUUUUCGAUUAAACAAAUUCCACAAUCUUUAGAUAUUUGCUUAGCUCAAUUUUUUCAUUCUCGAUUCUAAAACUUGUUUGUGAUGUUGUAAACGACUAAAAACCGUAAAAAUAUACGUAUGUAAUUACCAUUAAGUAUAGUUACAAAAACUUUUGUCUGUUAUGUUAUAAAUAAAAGGUAAUGUUAAUGUCAAUAUUGUAAUUGAUGUGUUCAGCUCUGAGCUGUUAUUCUUUAAUAACUCGAGAAAAAAUAUAAUAAAAUGUUCCAAUU